UGAACAUAACUCAAAACCCGUUCCAAACGAAGCCUGUAUCAUGCAUGCAGUUAUCAGUAACGCUCCGAAACGAUUGCGUGAACAGACGUGGUGAGAAGUAAGCUGUGUUCCAGGUGAGAGGGAGGCGGCACCAUGAGUCGGGAUUCUGACUCAGAGGAUGAUGGCUACACCUGCAUGGAGCUACCAACCCUCAUCAGGCAGCUUAAAUCUGUGCUGGACCAGUACCCUGAUGAUGGACAGAUACUCAAGGAGCUGAUCCAGAAUGCUGAAGAUGCAGAUGCCACUGAGAUGCGAAUUCUGUAUGACGCACGAGAUAUCCAGCCUGAUGUUGAUCCAAGGCUCCGCAAGAAGAGGCAGUACCUGGCCUCAUUACAGGCUCCAGCCCUAUGUGUGUACAACAAUGCCUUGUUCACAGAAAAGGACUGGUGUGGAAUCAAGAUGUUACACAACAGUGUAAAGGAGGAGGAACCACUCAAAGUUGGACGCUUUGGGUUAGGGUUUAAGUCCGUGUUCCAUGUAACAGAUUUCCCUUGUGUUGUAAGUGGAGACACUGUGGUAUUCAUCAACCCCAUGUGA